UGCCGUCUGUGUCGCUGCCUUUAGCUUGUUGUCUUUCCGAACAACCGGAGCAGAAAUUUCUCCGGAAAUAAACUUUCCUGGACUCUUUCGUCAAGUCAGUAUGGGUGUGUUUGACAACUGUUCAGUUCUUCUGGAGCUCAAAAACUUGCCUUUCAAGGAGAAGAAGAAGCUGAAAUCAAUAGUGACAUUGAAUGGAGGCAGCAUUUCUUUCAUAGUCAACAAACAGUGCUCUCUGGUGGUGACCUCCGACUUGUCCAACCUGAGCUCCAACAGGCUGCGCAGCAUCCAGAAGAACCAGACGCCGGUGGUCGGCUUUGAUUAUCUGUAUAAAUGUGUGGAGAGAGGCGUUCUUCUGUCUUUGGACGAGUACAAGAUGGACACUUCAUCAUCUCUAGAUCCUCCUCCUCCCUGGAAGUCACCGCAGAGAGCUCCACUAACUUAUAAAGGUCCGACCUCAUCAGAGGGACCAGCUGUUGAAAAAAACAAUCAGAAGUUCAGAAUCUACAAAGAGUCGGAUUCUGCUCUCCCAGCAUUCCCCGAUGAUUUCCAGGUGGCGAAGUACUCCGUUUUCGGACAGGAGAACGGCAGCAGGUUUUGCGUGUUGGAGCUGCAGAGCGCCAAAGGUGAGCAGGGACGGCGCUAUCGUGUGGCCAGAUACCUGAAGGACGACGUGGUGUCGAAGAAGACAGCUGUGAUGGAUCGGCUGGUGUUCCUGUCCACUUCAGAAGAAGCUCUGGACGUUUACAAGGCGCUGAGUGAAGAACUGGAGCGCUCUGAGCUGCAGAGGAUGAGCAGCUUACCUGCUGAGGCGCCACACCUGGGCUCUGCCCCCCUGCAGCAGCUGCUGCUGGAGGAGAAACUGAACUCCGAUGAGUUGUCCCCAGACGUAGCGGCGUUUGUGGAGCUGCUGUGGACUGAAGCUCUCGGUUGCCUUGGAAACAUCCUCAGAGUCCCCAUCUCCAGACUCAGCCUGAACGAUGUGAGCAGAGCUGAAGGCCUUCUGCUUCAGGCUCAGAGGAAACUGAAGGAGGGAAACGAGGAAGAGGCGUCGUCCCUCUUGGACGAGGUUUUCACCCUGCUGCCUCACCGGGAGCCCAGACCUCAGUCACCUACAGCCAGGUUUCUGUCUCAGAAGCUGGAUCUCUGUCAGUUAAUCCGGGAUGUUCUGAAUGUGAGCGAGAUGACCUUGAACGACCCGAAGCCGUCCUCCGUGGGGAAGUACCGCGCUCUUCGCUGCCACAUCGAAGCCAUUCCCCGCAGCAGCUCAGUGUUUCAGAACGUCGCCGCCCUGCUGGCUGACAGGUCGGUGCAGAUCCAGCAGAUCAUGCGGGUCAACAGAGCGGUGGAGCUUCAAACGUUUCAGAGCGAGAUCGGGAACGUUAAACCCCUCCUCCAUUCAUCCAGCCCCAGCAACUUUGUAGGAAUCAUGUCCAGAGGUCUGCUGCUUCCCCAUGUGGGAGUGGAGCAUCAUGGGAUUACGAGAACGGACGUCGGGAACCUUGGCAGCGGGAUUUACUUCGGUGAUGCCUUGAGCACCAGUCUGAAGUACGCCAAACCCAGUGAAACAGACGGAUCGCGCCUCCUGCUGGUCUGCGAUGUGGCUCUGGGAGUUAGUAAGGAUCUCUAUAAGAGAGACCAGACUCUGACCGAGGCUCCUGAAGGCUACCACAGCGUUCAUGGAGUCAGACGAACCAACAAAACUACAUCUGAUUUUGAGGAUGACGAGUAUGUGGUUUACUCUAUUGACCAAGUGAAGAUAAAAUAUGUAGUUCAGUUCAGAAAGGAAGGAGACGAGCAGAAGAAUUUCAGUCCGGACAUCAACCUGACUGCAGAACCCAUUGAGUCUGCCAAGAACCCAGGUCUCACUUCAGAACAUGUAGAAGAAGAUCUAGAAAAUGUGAAGAACCCUCUGGAGGACGUUAAAGCUGGACUAUUGGACAGUUCAGGCCAGCAGCUCCCCCUGCAGGCCGUCCAUGUAAAGUGCAAACUGAUGGAUCUGCUCUCCCAGGUCAUCAUCUUCCAGAAAUACACCAAUCAGAGCUCAGUGCCCAUUGAGGCGAAGUACGUCUUCCCGCUGGACGACUCAGCUGCCGUGUGCGGAUUUGAAGCUUUCAUCAAUGGGAAGCACGUGGUGGGAGAGGUGAAGGAGAAGGAGACGGCUCGUAAGGAGUACAAACAGGCGAUAGCCAAAGGCCACGGAGCGUACCUCAUGGACCAGGACGCUCCUGAUGUGUUCACCAUCAGCGUGGGCAACCUGCCGCCCGGUGCCACUGUCCUCAUUAAGGUGACCUUUGUGUCAGAGCUGGUGGUCAGAGACGGGAGCAUCCUGUUCUCCCUGCCGGGUAGCGUGGCUCCAUGGCAGGAAAGCGCUGCGCUCAACCAGACCACACAAGUCUCUGUGGAGAAGGUUUGUGUGGCCAAUGAAUCAGCGAGAGAGUUUACGUUAGACAUGUCGGUGGAGAUGCCCUUUGAGAUCUCUAGCCUGACCUGCAUCACCCAUCAAGUCAAAAUUAAGAGGACUGACUGUAAGGCAGUGAUCAGUGUUCUGCCGGGUCAGGUCAUGGGGUCAGAUGGUUUCCAGAUGUCUGUCACUCUCUCUGAGGUUCAUCUUCCCAGAAUGUGGGUGGAGAAACACCCAGACAAGAACAGCCAGGCCUGCAUGCUGGUUUUCUACCCAAACUUUGAGUUUGACUCCAGCUCUGAAGGCAGUGAAGUUGUUCUUUUGCUGGACACGUCUGAGUCCAUGAAGGGGGAAUCGUUCCAGCUGGCCCAGAAAAUCGCCCUGCAGGUUUUAAAGAACCUGAAGAACGACGUCAAAAUCAACAUCGUUUUGUUUGGAACAGAUCACACAGAAGCUUUCCUGACGACCCAGAAACUCAACGAGGUUCAAGCUGAAGCCAAGAAGUUCAUCAAGAGCUGCUCCUCAGUAGGGGGCAGCACUGAGCUGUGGCGGCCUCUCCGGGCUCUCAGCCUGCUGCCGCCGUCCGACGGCGUGCGAAACCUGCUGCUGCUGUCGGACGGCCACAUCCAGAACGCGGCGGCCACGCUGCAGCUGCUCAGAGAUAACGUCCAGCACAGUCGCCUCUUCACCUGCGGCUUCAGCUCCACAGCCAAUCGCCACAUGUUGAGAGCCCUGGCUCAGGCAGGGGGCGGAGCUUAUGAGUUUUUUGACUCUAAAGCGAAGUACACCUGGGCUGAGAAGGUGGAGCGCCAGGUGAAGCGCAUGUCGUCUCCCGGCUGCAGCUCCGUCUCUGUGAAGUGGCAGCAGUUCAACCCCAGAGCUCCUCCGGUUCAAGCCCCGAAGCAGCUGAACGCUCUGUUCAACGACUGCCACACGCUGGUUUACGGCUUUGUGCCCCACUGCACUCAGGCGACUCUUCUUGGAGAUUUACGUGGUCAGGAGCUUCAAACCAUGGUGUCAACAACAGAGCUGCAGAAGACCAGAGGAACGUUUCUUCAUAAGCUCACAGCAAGAGCCCUGAUCAGAGACUACGAGGAUGGAAACCUUGAUAUCACCGAAGCUGAACACGAGGGUAAAAAAGCAGAGCUGAAGUCCUUCAUCAUCGAUCUGAGCAAAGAGUUCUCCAUACUGUCUCAGUUCACCAGCUUCGUGGCCAUCGAAGAGAGGGAUUCUGAGAAGGCAGAUGAUGGCAUCACAGACAUCCCAAAGCUGGUCGCAGAGGAGGAUGUGGACUUCUUGCCAUACAUCAACUGGAGUCUUCCUGAGGACAAAGAAAAAGUUGUGGUUUGUGAUGCAGAGUUAUCUGAAGAAAGCGAUCGCGACAUGCUGUCCGCAGAACUUUGCUCCACUGUUGAGAUAUAUAACGACCUCUAUGCAUCUGAACUGUGGGAGUGCAAUAUGCUGUCUGCAGAACUUUGCUCCACUGUUGAGAUAUAUGACGACCUCUAUGCACCUGAUUUGAGCUUGUGCGAUAGGGACUAUGGUGAAGUUUUGUACAACAGAUUAACUCCUAAGGCAUCUGAAGAGUUAAAUGACGAUAGAUCUAGGGAACUCCAGAAAUCUGAUUUUAGCUUGCGCCGUAGAUCUAGGAAACUCAAGUCAUCUGAAGAGAUUGAUGUUGAUAUGAUGUAUGAUGAUAUUGUCCUGCCUGUUCAUCAUGAGAGAUCUGAAGAGACUGAGAUGGGUAUGUCUGUUGCUCCCGGGUCCUCCAGGAGUGGAUAUGCCCUUUUUUCUGCCACACCACUACCGCAAGGACAGUUAUUCGCUGGUUCUGCACCCCCACCUGCUUUUUUUGGAGCCUCACCUGCUGGUUCUGCCCCCUCAUCUACUGGUUUUGGACCCCCACUUGCUGGUACCGGAGGCUUAUUUGGUUGUUCUGGAGCCCCACCUGCUGGUUCUGCAGCCCCAACUUCUUUUUCUGGAGCCCCACCUGCUUGUUUUGGAACCUCACCUGCUGGUUCUGCCCCCUCAUCUACUGGUUUAGGAACCACAUAUGGUGGUUUUGGACUCCCACUUGCUGGUACUGGAGGCUCAUCAUUUUUGUUUGGGUCUACAUCAACAGCUUCUUUGAAAUCAUCUUCGCUAUUUCCAUCAUCAGUUCAGCCAUUAUCAGGGAAUUGGUCCAAAACAAGCUCUCUUGCCAAUAUAAGUCCAGCAUUAUUUGGGAAACCUCUCUCAUUAUCUGGAUCUCCAAGUACAGGCUCCAUUUUUUCCAGGGUGUCACUUACAGAACGUAGUGCUGUACAGCAGAAAGCCACACCUGAUUCUGCAGGCGAAGCUCCUUUGACACGUUUAGAAUCUGAAUGUUUUGCAAACCAAGAAGAGGAACUCUCAGCAUUCCAAGGCAAUGGAGGACGCACAAUGUUGUAUCAGGUUCCAGAAUCUGAUCCAAAACCUCCCCAUCGUCUUAGUUUUCUUAGAGAUUUAAGUCGAGUGCGCAAUGGCGCUCCAACACCUCUCUCUGAAGUGGGCUCCAUCCAACUGGACCGCAGAGUAGCUCCACCACUACCUCUUCAAGUAUUUAGUGAAGCUUCACUACCUCCCCUUCAAGUAACUAGAGGAGGUCGUCCACCUCCACCUGCAAUGCGCAAAGGGGCUCCUCCACCUCCAGGACCCAGUGGAGCUCCUCCUCCACCUCCAUGGGUCUUUGGAGCUCCUCCUCCACUUCAAGGGGCCAUUGGAGUUCCUCACCCACCUCCAGGACCCAGUGGAGCUCCUCCUCCACCUCCAUGGGUCUUUGGAGCUCCUCCUCCACCUCCAGUGGCCAGUGAAGCUCCACUACCUCCCCCUAGUCUUCUUCACAGGCCCUUCUGUGCAUUAAGUUCAAAUCUAAUGGAUGGUCUGGUUUGUCAAGCAUAUGAUAUACAGCCACAUCAUCCAUCCUUUGAGGCUCCAGACCCAGAAGAGCAGAAGCUGAAGUGGAUUAAGAUCUUCCAACUGCAGCAGGCGGACGGAUACUGGGAGUUAACUGUUGAGCUGGGAAAACUGGUCAAUGUCAACGUGGAUGCGUUUGCUAACGUGUUCCUGAAGAACAAAGGCAUUCAUUCUCUGGGUGCGAAGGCCAACGCAGGCAUCCGGAGGCUGGUGGCGACUCUGUUGGUUCUGCAGCUGAUGAGGGAGGAGGAGCUGGAGGAAGGAAAACUCCUGCAGAGUUUGUUUAACCUGAAGGAGCCGACUGGGUCCAGGUCUGAGCGCUGGCAGCAGGUGAAGAAGGCAGUGGACUGGGUGCGUUGGGCCGACCGGGAGUAUCCGUGCGCCUGCAGCCGGCUGGAGUUCGGCUGGAGCUGGGAGUCUUCCACCCGCCAGCUGCUGGGCUUCGAACGCUUCCCCCCGUUCUCACCGCUCAUCAGCCUGGAGCUGCAGAAGACCGCAGCGCCGCUGGCCAUCCACUGAGGAAAUGAUGCAACAUUUUCUGAAAGUCAUAUAUCAAUUUGUAUUUUGUUUUGCUUUUUUAUCUGCUUUGGUUUGUGUUUAUGUGCAAAGAGGUGAAGAUGAUCAAAAAUUACAUGACAAAAUAUUUAAAUAUUUGAUCAUUUUAAAACAUGAGAGGAAGGAAGAAAAAGAUUUAUGUUUCAUCCACUUAAAUGAUACAAAUGGAUAAAUAGAAUUAGAAACAAAACCGUUAUUAAUCACAAACUGGAGAACAUAAUUGAUGGCACAAUGUGAACAUCUUCCUCCCUAAUAAAUUCAGAAAUGGUGGAUUGCUAUUAUCUUAAAAACUAACAAGAAUAGAUUAAAAUGUGUUUGAUACUUUUGGAGUUUAAUUCUUGUUGUGUUUUCAAACUAAUUUUUUGGGAGAAAUUAGCUAAUUUUUGAACUCACUUUCAGAUUUUACUUUUAUCUGGAGAUGGCUUAGAUCUCAAAUAUAUAUAUUUUUUUCUUUAUCUUUUGUUAUUUUUUAAGGGGGGUUAAGGCGCCUUUGGUUUUACAAACUGCUUUACAUAUAAAAUCAGUAUUCACAUGGAAAUGGUUGCAUGCAUCGGAAAAACAAACAGCAAAAAUAAUCUGUACCUAUUUUCAGUAUCAGUUAAUCUAAAGCAACAUUAUUUUUCACCAUCUAUGACAGUAACCUGUUAAAAUAAAAUUUCAACGGCUCUUUAAGUACUUUAUUCAGUUAUUAUGUCAACAAAAUCAUCCAAAGAAUUCUAAGGUGGCUUGUUUUUAUACCCGUGUUUAUUGAAUCUGUAAUCAUUUUUAUUCGACUGAUUAAAGUAAUCUGAAAAUGUUUUUUUUAUUUAAUUCUUUUAUGGCAUUUGGGUAAUGGUCAGAAAAUUAAAUGAACAAAGCCAAAGUUCUGACCAUGAAUUUGUUUCAAUCAUCUCAUCUUGUGAUUCUCUUAUUGAAACUUUGACAUUUUUGAUGAAUGAAUUUAUACAAAUUAACUGUUUUGAAUGCAUUUUUAAUCAACUUACUGUCUUUGUUGACCUAUUCAUAGCAAAAUUCGAAUAAAUUACUAAUAUAGCAA